GUCCCCUUAUCCUUCUGCACCUAGAUGAACCUUGCGAAAUCCUCUUCAAUGGCAUCCCAUUAACCACCCCCCACCCACCCCACACCCCCACGCAACUCAACAUCUCAUCCCUAACCCCGACCCAUUAUGGAGGAAUAGUAAAGACCUAAGCUUUUCCCUUUUGUCCUUCUCGUUUCCAUUUGUUCACUUCGUCGUUGUAAAUGGAGCUGCACACACCAUUAUCGUCGCACUUCAAACCAGACCUAUCCUUCUCCUCCUCCUUUUCAUCGUCCUUCCCCUUCCGAACCCACUUCAAAAAAACCCACAAAACCCCCCGAAACCUCCGCGUCCGGUCGGUUGCCGCUGACCCGAAAGAACUCCCUCAGAACAGCCCCCAGAGGCUGCUAAAAGAGCUGGCCGAGCGCAAGAAGGUAGUCUCCCCCAAGCGAGCAGCUCCCCCAAAGCGAUUCAUCCUCAAACCUCCAUUGGACGACUCGAAACUCGUCGACAGAUUCCUAAACAGCCCUCAAUUGUCCCUUAAAUCCUUCCCCUUGCUGAGUUCUUGUCUGCCUUCCACCCGUCUGAACAAUGCCGACCGCACGUGGAUAGACGAGUACCUGCUCGAAGCCAAACAGGCCUUGGGUUACCCUCUCGAGCCUUCGGAUAGCUAUGGAGAUGAUAAUCCGGCCAAGCAGUUUGAUACCCUUCUCUAUUUGGCCUUUCAGCACCCGCAUUGUGAGAGGACUAACGCAAGGCACGUGAGGUCGGGACACUCGAGGCUUUCGUUUCUGGGGCAGUAUGUGCUUGAAAUGGCGUUGUGUGAGUUUUUCCUGCAGAGGUACCCGAGAGAGUCUCCGGGGCCCAUGAGGGAGAGGGUUUAUGCCUUUAUUGGGAAGAGGUUCUUGCCGAAGUGGAUCAAAACUGCAGGUUUGCAGAAUCUGAUCUUUCAGUAUGAUGACAUGGAUAGGCUGAUUCGGAAGGACAAGGAGCCUCCUGUGAAAUCUGUGUUUUGGGCUUUGUUUGGGGCAAUAUAUUUGUGCUUUGGAAUGCCAGAAGUGUAUCGUGUUCUUUUUGAAGUGUUUGGAAUGGACCCAGAGGCUGAAGAUUGCCAGCCUAAACUGAGGAGGCAGCUUGAUGAUGUUGACUUUGUUUCUGCUGAGUUCGAUAAUCGCAAACUGACUUGGCAGGAUCCCCCGGAAGACGCACUAUUUGCUCAUCCGAGGCUUUUCAGAGCAUGCGUGCCACCUGGCAUGCAUCGAUUUCGGGGAAAUAUAUGGGAUUAUGACAGUAGGCCUCAAGUCAUGAAAACGCUUGGGUACCCUUUGUCUAUGGUGGACAGAAUUCCUGAAAUCACUGAAGCUAGGAAUAUCGAGCUUGGACUUGGUUUACAGCUGGCUUUCAUGCACACAUCAAAACACAAGUACGAACAUCCCAGGUUUUGCUUCGAACGCCUGGAAUAUGUUGGUCAAAAGAUCCAGGAUCUUGUAAUGGCCGAAAGGCUACUGAUGAAGCAUCUAGAUGCUCCUGGAAAAUGGCUACAGGAAAAGCACAGGCGUCUAAUGAUGAACAAGUUUUGCGGUAAGUACUUGAGAGAGAAACAUCUCCAUAGGUUCAUUAUAUACAGUGACGAGGUGCAAGAUGCGUACGAGCAUAACCGGAGGCUGAGAAAUCCGGCCACCACAUCAGUUCAACAGGCCAUUCAUGGAGUUGCCUACACUGUUUAUGGGAAGCCUGACGUGAGGCGGCUCAUGUUUGAGCUUUUCGACUUUGAGCAGAUUCAGCCCAAGCCCGUAAUAAGCGAUUACGGCAGAAUAAAAAGUCUCACACUCUUGCAAAGGCAAAACCCCGAACAAGAUCCUGAUUUUGCAGAAGAUGAAAAGAUCGACAUGGGACGAGAUGCUGCUUGUUCACCCCAGCCCGAGUUUUAUCCGGUGACUUGCGAGCAGCAUACAACCACCCUCGCACCUUCAGACAAGUACGACAACAUUGCACAACCUCAGCCGUUUUGCUCCUCCUCUGUGCAGCGCGCGACCGACGGGAUGCAGUCAACGUCAUCCGGCCCUCUCAAAUCUGAUAUCCAGACACCUGCGAAAAACUCUUAUAUAUACCGAGAGAUUUCAAUAUUCCCAUCCAAAGUACAUCCAACUUUUACUCUUCGGUAA